ACUAGAACGUAGGGCGGUACAAUUUGUGGUGAUUGUCACGUUGUUUUUGGAAUCUUUAGCAUGGACCCUACUAGGGUGGUUGAAGCAUUAAGUAAUACUCUGUCGGCGGAAAAACAAGAAAAUGGAACGAAGAUACUUGAUGAAAUGCAUAAAAUUAUUGGAUUUGUUCCCACUCUAUUAAAAAUCAUCCUCGAAGAGACUAUUGAUGUGGGAGUACGACAAGCAGCAGCUCUUUAUUUUAAAAACAACAUCUCUGAAUGGUGGAAGCCCGACGAGCCAGAUGAAUCUGGCGAGUUAAGAUUUUGUAUACAUGAGCAAGAUAAGCAAGCAAUCAGAAGCUCUAUUGUAGCAGCUCUUGUCUCGGCGCCCAUUCCUUUACAAACCCAUCUCCAGGUUGCUCUUUCUAAAAUAAUUAAGCAUGAUUUUCCUACUCGUUUUGAAGAGUUCCCCGAACAAGUGAAACAUUUCUUAGAGUCAAAUGAUCGCCAUCAUCUUCGAGGAGCUCUUCGUUGCCUUUAUGCUUUUGUCGAAGUUUACACAUACAAAAAAAACGAUGAACGCGCAAAUACAGUUUCCACCAUGCAAGUUUUUUUUCCAAUUUUAUAUUCAACGUUGUCGAGUCUCAUCGUUGAAGAAUCUGAAGACUCUUAUGUACUCCAAACGCUCAUUAUCAAAAUAUUCUUUUCAUUUAUAAAUUACCAUUUCCCACUGGAUGCAAUGAACAAACAGUUAUUUUCUCAUUGGAUUGAUAUGCUGUGUACUGUACUCGGUGAUUUCAAAGUAACUCAUUCGGACGCUUCAAGUUCUACCUGGAAACGGCAAAAAUGGGCUUUAAAAAUACUUAACAGGGUUUUCACCCGUUAUGGUAGUCCCGGGUCAGUUAUUAAGCUAUAUCAACCAUUCGCUGACUGGUAUCUUAAAGCCUUCUCAGGCCAAAUAAUAUCAGUACUUCUAAAUAUAUGUGAAGCAUACAGGCAAAAAUCAUUCGUCUCCAAGCCUGUGCUUAGUCAAACACUGGACUAUUUUUCUUCGGCACUGGCUAACUCAUUUUCAUGGAAAUUACUACGGCCACACUUCUCUCUUUUGGUCCGUGAAGUUAUAUUCCCGUUAAUGUCAUAUACUGAAGAAGAUGCAGAAUUAUGGCAAGACGAUCCAGUUGAAUACAUUCGAGCUGAAGCUGGUGAUUGGGGUUCGGUAUCUAGUCCAGCAAGUGCAGCAUCUACACUUUUAAGUGAAGCAUGUGUUAAACGACGUGGUGUUCUUAAUAAUAUAAUGCCGUUCUGCAUUCAUAUAUUAAGUUCCGAGAGUUCUCCUAUUGAGAAGGAUGCUGUUUUGCACAUGUACAUAGCUAUAGCUGAAAUCUUACUGAAAAAGGCUGCAUACAAGUCUCAAUUAGAAUCAUUUCUUGUAGGUCAUGUCCUUCCGACUUUGCAUGCUCCUGAAGGAUAUCGUCGUGCUAGGGCUUACAGAUUACUGGAGAAAUUAUCAGAAGCUAAAUUCAAUGACCAAAAUAUAUUUGCUCAAGUUGUUGAUGAAGUGAGAAAAGCUGCAUGUUUUGAUUCAGAAUUACCAGUUCGUGCGUUUGCUGCACUCUGUCUCUCAGAAUUAGUUCGAUGUCAAGAAACUGCCCAUCAAUUUGUGGCUCCUCAUCUACACGAACUCUUGAUACGUUUAUUGGAGCUUCUUCGGCAAACUGAAUUCGACGAUUUAAACAAUGUAAUCGAAAUAUUAAUACAUACAUUUGAAAAAGAAAUGGUUCCAAUCGCUUCUGAAGUUAUGCAAACAUUGUCAGAUACGUUUCUUCAGCUUGUUAAUAAAUCCGAGAACGGAUUACCUAGUGAAUCAAACGAGCUUGAGGAUACAGAAGAUCUCUUUGAGUACCGGUCUAUAGUUGCUACAAGUGUUUUAGAUAAUAUGGAGUCUAUUCUGCAAGUUGGUGAAGAUAAUGAAAAUCUUGUUGCUCAGCUUGAACCAAUUGUUGUGCGUUUGAUUCAGUCUAUAUUCGACCAUAACUUGAGUGUGUUCUUUGAUGAAGCCCUCACGUUCAUUUUCUCGCUGACAACUAACAAGAUUUCCCCACUUUUGUGGCAACUUUUCGAUCAGCUCUAUCCUGUAUUUAAAAAAGAUGCUUGCGAGUGCUUUUCCGAAAUGAUGCCUUGUCUACAUAAUUACAUAACAGUGGACCGUGAGGCUUUCCUGGCAAAUACUUCACGUAUUGAACAAAUUACUGCUAUGUGUUUAGAGGUGUUCUCAAUGGAUGACCAAGAAAGAUUACAAAUGCAUGCUGCAAAAUUACUUGAAGUUAUUUUACUUGAUUAUCGAGGUCAAGUGAAUCCGUAUGUACCAAAAUAUGUUGAGUUAGCACUUACACGUCUUACACGCCCGCUUGUUUCAAGUGAACUUAGAACCCUCUGUAUGCAGGUGGUAAUUGCUGGAUUACUUUACUCACCUAUGGAUAUGCUUCACAUGAUGAUCGAGCAUCCAUGGCCUGGGACAGAGGUUAACAUUUUGUCCGAAUUCCUUAAACGGUGGAUUCAAGAUGCAGACUGUUUCCUUGGAUUGCAUGAUCGCCGCCUCUGUGUCUUAGGACUUUGUCUGAUUAUUUCUCUUCCGGUUGAUAAACGAACUGAUGCAAUUGUAACACUCAGUGAAAAGUAUAUACCAUCACUUCUACUGCUAUUUUCUGGACUGAAAAAGGCGUACGCAACAAAAGCUUCUAAUCAAAAUGAAGAUGAUUCAGAUGAAGAAGAAUCUGAAACGGAGGAAGAUUUAGAGGGUAAAGCUUUGGGAAGCGAUGAAGAUGAAGUAGACGAAGAAAGUGUUCGUUAUUUAGAAAUGUUAGAGGCAACUGUAAGUUUUUUUGUAUAUUGGAUGUAUUUAUUUUUGUUUCACAAUCGCUUUACAUUGGUUGAGAAAAAAAACAUGUGAGUUGUUAUCUUCUCGCCUUUUUAUUUCUGGCUAAUCAUUUUUUAUGACUUGUUUAUUACUGUACUAUAAUAUUUCUUACAGCAUCAUGUUAUUUAAGGUAUGAAAGUAAAUGACAAAAUUAAUUAGUUCACUUACUACGUACUUAGGUAUGAGUCGCAUUGCAUGUGUAAAUCUAAUGAUACUACUCCUUCGAAUAAGAUCAAACCUGGGACUUAGUGACUAUAAGUCGAAGUCUGUAACUGAUAAAUAGGAACCAAAUUGUUUAAUAGACCUAGUUUACCCAAAACGUUAUAUUCCACCUCAAUCUUCCCAAAUCAAAACAAGAGUUAAAAGGAAACAGUAUGUACUCUAAUAAAUUCAAGCAGCAAAGACACAUCAGUAAAGAUAUUAGAUUUUGUAAAAAAUGUAUAUACGAGUUUUUUUUAUUCCUCCACUCUCCCUUUGACUCGGGUCAUUUUAAAAUACUUCAAUCAGUGUAUUCUGAUUUUAGCCUUUGUUAGAUGUACAUUAGGUAGAACUGUAUCCUUUUAACAAUUUGUGCUAUUAUCUACCCUUAUUCCUAUAAAAUGAUGGUCCCAGUUACAUUCUCUCGAGAAAAUUUAACACUUAAUAGCAAGUUAUUGUGGAUUAAAAGAUGAACUCAUUUAUGGUGCUGUAUUCCUUCGUAAAACGUACAUUAAUUAACAUUGUUUAAUCCUUACUAUUAUAUAUACUACUUAUCAUUAUUUACGUUUGGUGUUUACCUUUUUUUCAACAUCAAUGUUUUUUUUUAGUUUCAUUCUGUAAAUUUUUGAAGAACCAAUUUUAAUAGAAUAACCAUAGUUCAAUGAAACAAAUCAUUUUUCCUAUGUGAUAUGAUUAAUUGUUACGUUUUCAGUAAAGCACACCCCUUUUUACAAAUGCGAUCACGAUAUUUCAGCAUUUUCAAUAAAGGUAGUCAGAAACAGUUAUUCAUUAGCGAAUCCUGUCUUUACUUGAUUCAAGUGUUAUUAAUUUGCAUGGAAAAAGAAGAAAAGCCCUAUUUUCAUCAAUCGACAGUCUUAUUACAUUGUAUUCACUGUUGAAGAAAAAACAGCAUCUUGUAAUAUAAAUACUAACACAACUUCAUGCAGUAGUCACUUUCAAUAAUAUAGUUGAAUUUUUUAAUGUUAGUCACAACCUGGUUAAUAACACUUUGAUGUUCCUAUAGGUUUUAAAUUUUAACUAUAGAAUUUAACAUAUCCAGUUUCAGUUUGUUGCUGACAUGCAAUCGGUUUUUACUUUAGAAAGAUUCAGAAGACGACGACGACGAUGAUGAUGACGAUGACGACGAUGAGGAAGAAGAAACACUCGAGGCGUUCGACACACAAAUGGAUAAAUCUGAAUGUGAUAUGGAUGAAUAUGUGACGUUUUAUCGUGUAAUGACUGAAUUAGAAAGAUCUGAUUAUGCAUGGUAUAGUCAGUUGAUCAAUCAUCUUAGUGAAGAACAACAAAAUGAUCUCAAAGGAGUGGUGGAUACUGCUCUGAAAUGUAUCCAACAAAAAGAGUCUAAAAUUAUUGAACAAGCUGGAGGAUAUACUUUUUCACCAACUAUCCCUAGUAGUUUUGAUUUCGGCUCACCCAAUGGACAAAUUAAAUAAUCUAUGUGUUAUAAACUCUGUUGUAAGGAAUUGAGUAAUAAUUUAUAAUACUUUUUUCUCUCUGUAUAGGAUAUGUUAUAGUCUAAUAACCAUGUAAACAAAAUUUUCAUCAUUACCAUUUAUUUAACUCCAAUAAAUGUGCGCUACCCAUUAUGCUAUUUCUAUUUCAUAAAUAUCUGGUAACUAUAAUUUUGUUCUCCCUUUAGUUUGUUUUCCUUUUAAUCAUUGUACACAUGUAUUCUUCUUUUUCUGUAUGUUCUUAUUUUCAAUGUUUACUAUUUUUCUAUUUUUUUUUGUUUCUUGUCCAACUUACACUAUUCAUUUUUCUUAUAGAUGCUCUUUAUCUGUAAUACUUCUAUUCUCCUCCCCCCCUUCGUGAAUAUUCUAUAUUGCACACAGAUGUAUUUGUGUUUUGUUUUUCUUUUUCAGCAAUCAAUGCAUGAAAUGAAAAACUAACCAAAUAUAUUUAAUUUGUGUUCAAUAGAGAUUUGAUUGUGACUUAUUUGUUGGUAAAUAUUUUUCUUAUGUAUUAAAGGAAAAUUGUGUUUGUUUGUUUUUAAAUCCCUGUUUUCUCAAUAUUAGUUCCCCCUUCUUUCUUUUUAUUUAAAAAAAAAAGAAUAAAAAUCUUAAUAAAGACUGCAUUAUAAAACUGUGGUUAAUUUCUUCGCUUAUUUUUGCUCUUUUUAAGACAUUUAAUCUCUCAGAUCGCCGCUUUUUGAAAAAAAAUAUACAUAAUUAGUACAGUGUUAUAAUCCUCUAUGAAAUCUGAUUUACUUUUACAAAAUAAAAUCUAUUCAGUUUUGC